UGGCGGCUCAUGUACGUAUCGCAAUGCUUGACACAAAAUAAUUAAGUCGAAAGGAGCAGAAGUGCCGUGUUCGUAACACUUGUAGCGCUAUAAUAUAAUUCUAAUCUCAAUCGAUGUAGUAGAAUACGAUACGAGAAUACUAAUCGGAUGGCAAAAAUGCAUUGUAUCAGAAUUCCAUCAUUUGUCCCGCCUGCGGCAGAACUUCAAAUUUUUAAACUGUUCGUUUUUCUUGAUCUCGAAAAUACAAUUUCAGAUGAAAGUAACAUAAAUGUCAUUAAUAAAAUAGCGUAAUCCGACUACAAGUCCUGAUAUAUCGUAUCACUUAUCGCUAAUCCAUAGCAACAAUACCGAAAACAAUGUAGAAUUGAUCGAGUACUUCUAAAAUAUAAACAACAUGGCGAGUAAUGUUACGCGUGUAGGAUGUAAACUAGUAAAUCAGUAUUGUAAUUAUGAAACGCUGUAGUAUUUCUAUAUGUGACUAGGCGAUCAACCUUCUUGAUUCUAUCGUUUAAAAAAAUUUCUCUUAAAAAAUGUCGUCAGAGAAGGUUCUUUAUCAGUUGUAUCAACCUCAUGGCCCUGGUACUGUAUUUAUUUCAUGGCGUCCUGGAAACAGUACUCAUUUAGCAACUACUGGAUACGAUUCCUCUGUUGCUAUUUUUGACAGACAAGGUGAUUUAAAAGAACGUAUUCAAAUUGCUGGUUUAUGUACCGGUUUUGGAUGGGAUGCUGAUGGAGAUUUAUUGGCUAUUAUAUCACAAAAUUCUUCUGUUAUCACAUUAUGGGAUGCAACGACUGGAAAAAAGUCACAAAUAGAUGCCGGUGUAAGAGAUGGACUAACAUGCAUGAUGUGGGCAAAAAGAACUUGCUUAUUGGCAGUAGGAACACAAAAAGGAAAUUUAGUACUUUAUGAUCAUAUAAAUGCCAAACGAAUACCAAUUUUGGGGAAGCACAAAAAACGAAUAAUUUGUGGUAUUUGGUCUUAUGAAGGGCUCCUUGCUUUGGUCAGUGAAGACAAAAUUUUAACUAUUAGUACUAGUGAUGGAGAUACACGCCGUGAGAUACCGCUUCAAGGAGAUGCAUCUGAUAUUCAGUUUAAUGAAAUGAAAAUGGAUCACAGAAUUGGGGGUGAAAAUACUGUCUCCCUUAUUAUUAGUAAAACUACUUUGUUUCUAUACAAUAUUUUGGAUCCAGAAAAUCCCAUUGAAUUAGCCUUUCAAAAACGUUAUGGUUCAAUUGUUACAUACAAAUGGUAUGGAGAUGGGUAUAUCUUAGUAGGGUUUGAAACUGGAUAUUUUACCGCAAUUUCAACACAUAUUAAAGAAGUUGGCCAAGAGUUGUUUCAGAUUAAAAAUCAUAAAGAUUCUUUAACUGAUUUAGCUAUAAGCGAAGUAAUAGGGAAAGUUGCUACUUGUGGAGAUAAUACUAUAAAGAUACAUAAUUUACAAAGUUUGGAAGAGACUGACAAGUUAAUUACUAUCAGUGGUGAAACUGGAAUUAGUAAAGUAGAAUGGUCAAUGGAUGGAACAAUGGUAGCAGCUGUGACUUACAGUGGUAGUGUCUUAGUCUAUUUAAUACAAAUUCCAAAAUUAGUUAGCGUUUAUGGGAACAGAAUUGCCUUACUCACUAGUUUAACAGAAGUAACAAUUCAUCUCUACACUUUAGACAAGAAAAUCACAUUUCAGGAAAAGUCAGAGCCAAUAAUAAUUGACACUAUAAUAGAACCGUCCGUAUUAGCAAUAGGUCCUAUGCACGCAGCAGUAGGUUUAAAUAAUAGAGCACUAUUUUGGGACAUAUCUGGAACCCAUUAUAAUACUGCAGUACAUUUUGAAAGAGAUUACCUGGCUACAAUAGAUAGCAUACGAUUGAAUGAAACUUAUGUAUCUGUUUUAUUUGAUGGAAAAUUACAAUUGCACUCGAUUAAAGCUGAUCAGACGCUAACAAAUAAAGGGAAAGAUACAAAAAUAUUUCCGGAUCUAAAUACUUCAGAUUUCAGAAUAACGUGCCAUGCUCUUAGUACAGAUUUCUUAAUUUAUGGUAGUGAUAUGGGUCACAUAAUUUUCUUUUGCCUCGAAGUUUUUAAUCAAUGUAUGGAAUAUGUACAUAAUAAUAGUAUAAAGGAAAUCUAUUUAGAUGCAAAUGGAACACAAUUAUGUUUUAUAGAUAAUAAACUUGAUGUUUAUGUAUACAAUCCCAUGCAAGAAACUAUUUUACAAAUUCCCGAUUGUCCGGACUGCAUACAGGGCAUAAUUUGGGAUCAAAAUAUUUUGGAGCGUAAUAUAUUUGCUGCAUACAAUAAGAAUAUCGUUAGUAUGUACAUAUUUGUAAAAUAUUUUAUUGAAGGUACAAAAAUCAUAAAAAUAAACACGACGAAGCUACCAUCCGAAACAUUACCAUUGUUAAUGUAUUCUGGAGAAUUAACAUUAAGUUCAUCCGGUAAUAAAUUGGCUCAAAUGACGCUAUCUUCUCUUGAAGAUACAGGAAACAUUGUAGAAUCUAAGAAAAUGGAAAAGUUCUUAGAAACUCAAAUUCUGUGUAGGAGAUUUCAACAAGCAUGGAAUACUUGUGAACAAAUUAAUCAGAAAGAAUCAUGGUUAAUGCUAGGGGAAAGUGCAAUUGCAAACUUGGACAUCGACUUUGCAAUUCGUAUAUAUCGAUAUCUCGAGGAUGCUUCGAUGGUGUGGGCAUUAGAAAACAUGCAAGAUAUAGAUGAAUUAUCAUUAUUAUAUGGUCAUGCAUGUGUAUUACUUGGUGAAUAUAAUCAGGCAGAAAAAUUUUUUUUACAAUCAUCAGAACCAAUACAAGCAUUGUAUUUAAGAAGAGAUUUAAUGCAGUGGGAACAAGCAUUAAAUUUAGCACAAAAAUUGAAAGCUGAUGAAAUUCCUUAUAUUGCUAGGGAAUAUGCCCAACAAUUGGAAUUCACAGGUAAUUAUCCAAAAGCUUUGACAAAUUAUGAACGUGGAUUAGUAAUUUCAAAUAAUUCAACAUCCAACACAACUGCACAUAAUCCGCAUCAUCGAAAUUUAUGUCUUGCCGGUGUUGCAAGAAUGUCCAUUAGAUGCGGUGACAGCAGAAGAGGUGUGAGCAUAGCUAUGGAUAACGAAAGUCCGAGACAAUUACGAAAGGAGUGUGCAGAAAUAUUGGAAUUAAUGAAACAAUUUAACGAAGCUGCAUUAUUGUAUGAAAAAGCUGAAUAUUUUGACAAAGCAGCCUCCGCGUAUAUAAAACUAAAAAAUUGGCAAAAGGUCGGACAACUUUUGCCACAAAUAUCAUCCGCUAAGAUUAAUAUACAGUAUGCUAAAGCCAAAGAAGCAGAAGGCAAAUAUGACGAGGCAGCAAAAGCAUAUGAAACUGCAAAGGAUUACGAAAACAUAAUUAGAAUUAAUCUGGAGCAUCUAAACAACCCUGCACGAAGCGUUGAAAUCGUACAACAAACUAAAAGUAUAGAGGGUGCUAAAAUGGUUGCAAAAUAUUUUCAAAAACUGAACGAUUAUAAUUCGGCAAUUAAAUUUUUGAUCUUAUCAAAUUGUCACGAUGAAGCUUUCCAGUUAGCUAAUCAACAUGGGAAAAUGGAAUUGUACGGAGAAAUUUUAAUAAAUGCUAUCGACGAUAGCAGUGAGCGAAAGGAAGAUUUCAAAAGUCUUGCAAUGCAUUUUGAGUCCCAAAAGAAUAACCUUUUAGCUGGAAAGUAUUAUUUUUAUGCUAAAGAAUACCAAAGGGCAUUAAGGCACUUAUUAAAAGCUGCACAAUUAGUAACAGAUGAGAAUGAAGUUCUCACGUUAGCUAUCGAUACAGUUGCUUCUUCAAAAGAUGAUAAAUUAGCAAAUCAGCUGAUAGAUUUUUUACUUGGUGGUGAUGGAUUACCAAAGGACCCAAAAUAUUUGUUCCGGUUAUACAUGGCGAGAAAACAAUACAAAGAUGCUGCAAAAACAGCAAUGAUAAUUGCAAAUGAAGAGCAAGUUAAUGGAAAUUAUCGAAAUGCCCAUGAUGUUUUGUUUAGUAUGUACCAAGAGUUAAAAAGAAACAAAAUUAAUAUACCUUCGGAAAUGCAAAAUAACUUAAGACUCUUGCACUCGUACAUUCUCGUUAGACUUCAUGUAAAAAGAAAUGAUCAUCUACGAGGUGCACGCAUGUUAAUAAGAGUGGCUAAUAAUAUUUCAAAAUUCCCGUCACACAUAGUUCCAAUCUUAACUUCUACCGUAAUCGAAUGUCAAAGAGCUGGAUUGAAAUACGCUGCAUUUAAUUUUGCUGCUAUGCUAAUGCGUCCAGAGUAUAGAAAUCAAAUUGAUACUAAAUACAGCAAAAAAAUUGAAGCCAUUGUACGGAAACCACCGAAGUCAAAAGAUAACGAAAUCGAAGAUGAACCUUUAACUCCAUGUCCUUAUUGUGAAAGUAAACUUCCAGAAACGGAAGUUACCUGUGAUAAGUGCAAAAAUACGAUACCGUUUUGUAUAGCUACUGGACGACAUAUUAUAGAAGACGAUUUUACAGCCUGUCCACAAUGUGAUUUUCCCGCUAUAAGAAGUGAACUUUUAAGGAUCGUCGAAUCUGAACAAACUUGUCCAAUGUGUUCGGAGAAAGUAGACGUUAACAUGAUUCAAUCCACUCUUAAUAUCCGUCCAUAUCUUGAUUUUCAGGAGGAAAAAUCUUCAGUGAAAGUAUAAUUAUGUUCUUUUUUAUUUUGCUACUAUAGUUCAAUUUUACGAAACUAUUUGUAUGAAAUGGCGCCGUCUGAUAUGAGUACAAUGUAAUCAAGUACAAGUAGUUUAUCACAUAAUUUCAUAAACUAUUUAUAAAUGUUAUACAUAAAUUAAAUAAUGCUAUUGCAUAGAAACAUAAAUGAUAUGUAUGUAGAUAUUGCCUUCAGUAAACUAGUCUCAAUUGUAAUUGACUUGACUUUUGUUGCAUCUGUAAAACACAUACAGAAAAGUAAGAAAUAAAAGCGACAUCUAACAUGUUAUACUUAA